CGGACACCGUGCAGCCAUAGGGAAAACACUGAUCUCAUUUGUACCUUCAGGAGAAAGAAAACCAACUCAGUUCUGCCCCUCUGAGGUCCAGUUGAGGACGCUUGGGGUUAUGGCCUCCGAAGUAAUGGCUGCAAAUGUGCCACUGUGUGCUGGCCCGGCCCAGCUCGAAGGCAAGACUAAGAAAAAGAAGAAGCGAAAGAGGCAGCAGGAGGGGAACAAGGGUGAAGAGGAUCAUCUGGAGAUCCAAGCUGAGAUCGAGGGCCUCACCAAAGCCGGGAGCCGGGCCCUGGCCCAGGAGCAGCCAGAGGAGGCUCUGGUCUCAUUCAAGAAGGCCUUUCUUAUCUCGCUCGACACGGCUGAACAGAGUGUGCAGAGGGCCUGUGCUUUCAACCUGGGUGCUGCCUAUGUGGCCUCAGGCAGGCCGGCCAAAGGCCUGGACUUCCUGCUGAGGUCGCAGCCGGCCGAGGGUGGGGAAAGGCAGGGCGACCUGUACUUCAACCUGGGGAUAGCUCACGAGGGGCUGGGGGACCUGGAGAGUGCUGCUGAACACUACCAACAGGCCCUGGCUCACUAUCGGGCCCAGCAGCCGCAGGGAGAAGCGGACACCUGCAUGAAGCUGGCCAGCUGCCGGGUAAGGGCAGGGGCUCUGGCCCAGGCUGGCCGGUGUUUCCGGAGGGCAGGCCAGCUCUACCGGCAGGGGGGCAGCCCAGACCUGGCCGCCAUCGCCCUGAAUGAGGCCGCCAGACACAUGCUGCAGUGCCGGCAGUUCACGGCCACCGAGAUCACCCAGGUGUUGAACGAGUGCCGGACCAUUUGUGGGAACAUUCAGAACAAAGCCCUGCUUGGAAAACUCUACAAUGACAUCGGACUCGGCUACUCGCAGUUGAAGAUCUUCUCACUAGCAGCUGAGUGCUUCGAGCAGGCCCUCCCGUACUGCCAACGGGACAACUCGGAGCGCCGGAAAGAGGCUGUGAUCCUGCAGAACCUCGGCGCCGUCCACAACACCACCAGUGACUACGGCAGGGCACUGGACUUCCACCAACGUGCGGCAGCCUUGCACGGUUCCCUCGGAAACAGGAAUGCACAGGGUCAGUGUUUCUGCAACAUGGCCUUCGCUUACAGUCAGCUGGCAGAGCACGAGGAGACAGCUGAGAGUUACCUGCACGCACUGCAGGCUUUCAAAGACACCGGUGAUUCUCAUGGACAGUGGCAGGCUUGUGAAGGCUUGGGAGCUGCUAAGUUCCGCCUGGGAGACCCUGAGAAGGCCACGCACUACUACAAACAGGCUUUAUCUGCUCUGGCCAAGUCGCAGGAACCCACUGGCUCAGCCCAGGAAAGGAUUGUGAACAAGCUGGCAGAUGCCAUUCAGUAUAAACUUUCUCUGAACAGUGCUUUCCCCCAUGCCGGGGGCAUCCGUCCUGCUAUGCCUUUGAAGUAUUUACCUGGAAAUUUCCUGCGAACCAACCCAUUGAGCGACCCAGUCCCUGUGACGCAUGGAUGUAGAAAAGGGCAGGAGUGUCAUCGAAAACAAGUUCUUCACAGGCCUGAGGAGGAUCAAAGAGCUGUGAACCGGGUUGGCUCUCUGGAGAAGGAGGGAGAGACGAAAAAUGGUUUCCAAGUACCCACCCUGGCAGAUCCCAGUUCUCCCACAGCGGUAAUUGCGCAGGCUCUCAGCUACAAACCUACAGAAGCAGUGGGGAGGGAGAACGGAGUGGCGAGCGGAGAGAAUGGCAGGAGUUUGCAGGUGAAGGGACCGAGGACAGAGACAGAGAUGGAAAAGCUUGAGAUUGAGACAGAGGCCGAGAGGCUUCAUCGAGUGGGUGGUGCUCGUGGGCACACUCCAACUCAGGCCAACAGAAACCUAAACAACACGUAUUUGCAACCGGACCCCACGUACGUGAACAGCCCAGAGCUCAGGACGCUGGAGGCGGCAGAGAAGAGUGAUCAUUUCUACGAGACCUUACGGGCGAGGCAGACAUUGGCUGCAGAGGAGGGUGUGGCAUCAACACCUCAGGAGUCUGGGAAUUCUGCCGAUGGAAUGGAGCAGGAACAUCUGAAAUACAGGAGGAGAUGGGAAUCAAAGAUGUGCAACCUCAUGUGAGAUGCUGUCCUCCUGGUCAAUGGGAGCACUCUCUGUGGACACAUUUUCCCAAUGUGGAACAUUGCUGGCAGACUGGAUCCUCUGUUGAAGAGUCUCAACAUCCCGUCAUGCCAUUGGGUUGAGAUACUUGUUCUCCUGCCCUCCCACUGUUCCAGCUCCAGCCACUCACUCAGACCCUGGCUGAUCAGUCUGACCCCUACAUCUUCUUCUCUGGUCAGUCGGUACUCACCCCUGAUCUGUACUGGGGCUGGUCAGUGACCCUUAACCCUGUCCUUUGGCAUCAGUCAGUUAUUUCUGACCAUGCCCUCUGGGGUCAGUCAGUGACCCCUGACCCUGACCUCUGGCUUGAGGGUCAGAGUUAAAAGCUGUGAACUGGCUUCCCUCAGGCCUCUCCCACCAGACUGUGGCAGUGUUUCUCCCCCACUGUGUAGGGGCUCAGAGCAGGUCACACCCUUCAGUGACCAUGGGUCCUAGGGGAGUGAUACUCCCUUCCAGGACAUGGUGGGGUGUGGACAGAGAAACAAUGGAGGCUGAAAGCAGCCGGGACAUCUUUGAUGCUGGGCCAGGUUGGUCUCCUGUCCAUGUUCUUGGUUCAGACUGAGGAAGGGGUGUGCUGGGAAUGCUCACUACACUUUUCCAACCUUAUCCUGCAUUAAUCUUUUAUAAUUUUUGUAAGUUGUGACUAACUUUGUUGGUUUAAAAAAAUCAGAAGAAUGUUAUUUUUAUAAACCUGCUAA